UUAAUUCAACUUUCUACCGCUAUGUGACUCUGGCUCACAUCAAUAUAACCUGAUUUAUAAACGUGAUUUUAGACGAGAAAUAUUUCGUCUUAAAAAUUAAUAUACUGCUGUGAUGUUAUGGCACAAAUAAAUAAAAAGCAAAAGUUAUGUCAUAAUGUAAGUGACAAAUCAAUAACUUUAAUUGACAUAAUUAAUUGGAAUUAUCUAAAUAACGUAGCAAUAGAGUAUCAUGAUUUAAAUAAAAUUUAUACGAUUAAAUAUGCGGAACUUAAUGAAGCAAGAAAUAAAAUUGCGUCAAUAUUAAAGUGUAUAGAAAAUUUUGAGUUUAUUGGUAUUGAUAUUGAUGUUCCUGAAUAUUGCGUACCUGCGUUAAUACUAGGAAUAAUUACUAAAGGUUUCGGUUUUGUUACUUUACCUUCAGACACUACCGUGUAUACAAAAUUUUUAUCUACUUUGCACAUAAAAUAUAUUUUUCUAUGGCAUCUUAUAGAUAAUACAGAAAUUAUUUGUAAAUUUGACAUACAUGGAGAAUAUUUAUAUCUAUCCAAAAUGAAACAAACGCAAGAACAAUACAUACAAAAUAUUGAAAGCGGUUAUGUUUACGCUAUUGCGACAUCAGGAUCAACUGCAGAAGAAAAAAUUUGUAAAGUACUUCAUUCUUGUAUAGUACCUAACAUAAUAGAUUUAAAAUUGAUUCUCUCUACCACAGAAUUUGAUAAAAUUCUACAAUUGACAAGUUUUACAUUUGAUCCUAGUAUAAUCGAAAUAUUUUUAAGUUUUCAUUCAGGCAGUACAAUGUUGAUGAUAUCGAAACAAAUUAAAAAUGAUGUUGAUAGGCUUUUGGAUAUAAUAUUUUGGAAUAAUGUAACUAUAUUACAAAGCACACCAUCGCUAUUUCUUCAUAGAUGGUCUUCUGAACGUAUUUCCAACACAAUUCUUGGAAAAGAUAGUCCAUUGAGAAUUAUUCUUUUGGGUGGUGAACCUUUUCCCAAAAUAGAUUUACUUAUUGCAAUUAAACACUUUGAAAACAGGACUGAAUUUUUUAACAUAUAUGGAAUAACCGAGGUAUCAUGUUGGGCCAGUAUUAAUAAGAUUACGUGGAUAGAUAAAGAAAUAGAAUCAUCUUAUCUUGGUACAGUCUUAUCUGAAACUAUAUUUCAAGUUAGGAAUGAAGAUGAUAAUAUAGUGUCAAAAGGAGAUGGUCAUCUUUACAUCGGAAGCAAUAGUAGAUUAUGUAUUAUUGAUAAUGAAGUUUUGCAAAAUAUGAAAAGACCUGUAUUUCGUAAUACUGGUGAUAUUGUACAUAUCGAUAAUAAAGGACGAAUAUUUUAUAAAGGAAGACAAAAUGAUAUAAUAAAACGAUAUGGAAAUAAAUUAAAUUUGUUAAAACUCAAUGAAACUAUUAGCGAAUUACAUUUUGUACGUAAUUGUUAUUCUUGGUGGGAUGUGGAGAGACAUAAAUUACAUUUGUGUGUACGUGCUAUAACAAAUAGAACUACUUUAUAUGAGUUAAAAAAGGAAGUAAUGUCGCAUUUAGAAAAAUUACCUGACAUUUAUAAACCUGAUAAAAUCCAUUUUAUUAAAAAUAUUAAACUUACGGUGAAUGGAAAGAUUUGUACUAAGUUCUUACAGAAAAUAUGUAUGCAAGAUAGAAUUACAUCGAGUAGUCAUCAAGAUACAGUUGAAAAGAGUUUUGAAAGUGUAUGGAAUAAUUAUUUGAAUUCUAAAACCAAUGGAUUUUUAAAAUUAGGUGGAACUUCUAUCAUGGCUCUCCAAAUUUCAACAGAAAUCUGUGAACUUUUAAAUACUCAAUUUCCAAAUUUAAUUGGCAUGCUACUUAAAGAUGCUACAUUUGAAGAAUGUUUAACAUAUCUUAAAAAUAUUUUAUUGUUUAAUACACGCAAUGAAAUCAAUGUUCCAACUAGUUAUACACCUAUACAUACGUAUGUGACUAUGCAUAAACCACUUUCGAAUAAUGCUUAUAAAAUAAAUGAAGAAGAUAUAUGUUUAUGGCAAAAAUGUAAAGGAAAAACGUACACACAUUUAUCAUCUAAUGAUCAAAUAUUAAAGUUUGAUAAAAAAGCAAUGUUUAAUAUUCGUGUUAAAAAUACAUUCGAUUUACUUAAAUGUGUAGAUGCGUCACCAACUGUAUUUCAAUAUAACAAAAGAACAUUUGUUACUGUUGGUUCACAUUCAGGCAUGAUUUGUACUGUUGAACUUAAGGCAGAAGAUAAUAGUGUCGUAUAUAAAAUUCAACUUCCAAAUAGAAUUGAAUCUUCAGUUGUAGUUUUAGAUAACUUUAAAGGUAUUGUUGGGUGUUAUGAUGGCCAUAUUUAUUGUUUUUAUUUAAAGACAGGCGAUAUUAUUUGGAAAUAUCAAACAAAAGAUAUGAUAAAAUGUACAGCUCUACUAUCUGAAUCACAAAAUAAAUUAUACAUUGGAUCUUAUGAUAACAAUGUGUACUGCCUUUCUACCGAAAAUGGAACCAAAAUUUGGAGCGUGAAAGCUAGCAAUGGAAGUAUUUCAGCUAGUGGAUGCUUACAUUCAGCAACAGAAUCAAUAUUAUUUGGAACUUUAGAUGGUUCUUGUGUAGCAAUAAAUCAAUCAAAAGGAGAUAUUUUUUGGAGAAAUAAACUAAUGAAUCCUAUAUUUGUAUCACCUAUUACACUGCAUAAUGGAUUUGUAUUGUUUUGUUCUGUAGGAGGUACAUUAAUCUGUUUUGAUAUUCAGGCUGAUAUAAAGUUAUGGACAUACCAAAUAAAUAGCAAUAUAUUUGCAUAUCCGAUAACACAAUAUGAUCCAAUAAAAAAUUGUGAAAAUAUUGUUAUCGGAUCUUUAGGAAAAAGUAUAUAUUAUCUCGAAUUAAAUUCUUCUAUAGAAAAUACAGGACCAGUUUUAAAGUAUAUUAAAAAUGUACUCUCACCAAUUUAUGCCACUCCUUGGUGCGAAGAUGAUUACAUGUGCAUUGCUUGUACAGAUGGUUCAUUAUAUAUGUGUAAACUUUCUCAAGGAGAUAUAUUAUCGAGUAUAAAACUUGGUGGUGAAAUUUUUUCAUCGCCAGUUUUGGCAAAUGGAUUGAUCACGGUUGGAUGUAGGGACAAUAAUCUCUAUGUUUUGGAGCAAUGCAAAAUGAAUGAAUGAAUGAAUGAAUGAAUGAAUGAAUGAAUGAAUGAAUGAAUGAAUAAUAGAAUAAAAUAAACUGAUAUUAAAUCAAUAUAUUUAUUCCAUAGGA